CUGUGAUUCUUUUCCCCACACUGAGCCCUUACCUGCUGAAACUCACUUUAACUUUAACUAAUUUUUCUGUUUAGAUGCAAUGUCACACGCACGAGGUUCAAUUAGCUUUGCACAAAAAUAAUACAUACCAGGUUGUCAGUAGUUUCACUAACUCUGCCAAUAAUGCCGAUCUACUUAUAAUACAGUAAGUGUGCACAGACCUAAUGGGGAUUUCAUUUUAACUGAGUGGUUUACUCACUAUACUGUGGAACAGCCUCAGCCUGUAACUUCCAGACAGUCUUUAGCCCCACCACUUAAUAAAAAAAGAAGUCUCAAAUUGCCACACUUCCUCUUUCCACCCACAACAUUCCCUUCCUGUUAUCUUUCACUCUGCUUUUUCUGCAUGAAAAUCUAAGACGGGAUAUUCUGCCCCCAACAAUCUGUGCUGCUGUGGGGAAGCAUCCAGUUCAAUUAAGUCUUUUUGACCCACAGCCAAGCACUGUGUGUAGUUUCCUGAAAAUGGAGGGAACUCAGACAACGACUAGAGAGGAGGGGACAACAGAAAGAAAUGGGGAUCAGGGGACUAGCAGCAAUGUGCCGACGUCCAGCAAACCUCUGCAUCGCUUUGUCCGAAAGGAGCCCAGAAGUCUUGGGAUUGUCAUUCUGAUGUUUGGCUGUGCUGAGUUGUUAAUGGGAUAUCAGUUCUCCAAUGAAGAGUUCACAAUCUCUGCUCAACUCUACAUUCCCUUUUGGCAGGGAGCUCUGUUUCUUACCUGUGGAAUCCUGUCAGUCUACACUGAGUUGCAUCCGUCCAAGAAGAUGGUGACUGUGUGCUUGGCCCUGUAUGUGGUUUCCAUCUUUGGAAUCGUAAUCUCUUUCAAAUACAGGAUAAUCCAGCUCAUCGCUUAUCCCUACUUUUUUUUUUUGCGAUUUCAUUUGAACAAUGCAAGUGUGAUGCUGCUGAAAAGUAUCGAAGCCAUUUUACUGACCUCCUCUAUUUGCGCAUUAGUGAUUCUCAUUUUUUUAACCACUGUCGCAGGUUUCGCACUGAAAUCCACACGCACUCAGGUCAUCAUCCAGCAAAUUCCACCACCGAGGACUGAAACACCAUCGGACUGAGGACAUCUUUUUAAAGUAUUAUUAAACAUUACACGACCUUACUAAAACACACUUGUUGGUCUCUUGUGACACUUGUUCUUGAACUAAAAUCAUUUAUGUCAUCACUGUGAGGAAAAACUAUCUUAGAAGAACUUUUUCAGGAAGGCAAUAACGACUAAUCUGUCUGGCAACCCUUGUGUUUCCCUGCUGCACGUCUGCAAAUCUCUUCUCAUCGACUGAAUGUGUUGACCUCGGCCAGAUGUCAUACACUAUAUGUUGGACAACAUCUGGGCUACGCAACAUUUGUUUGUGACAAGUGUCAAAAUUCAGUCCAACCAUAAAAGUUUUGAUUUGUUUUAAAACAUACUUGUUAGAAAUUCCUUUUUUAUUGUUAAUAUCUGAAAAUUUCCUUCCUCAUCAGACCUUUAGUCAUUUGGAAGCCAUGUAGAAAAUCUGUUAUGCGUGUCAUCUUUUCAGAGACGUCCAAACUUUUCCAUCUAAUUGUAUCUGCAUUAUUAUUAGUGUCUUAUUAGUAGUGUUUGACUGUCAUUAAACAGUGCUUUGUACUCUGUACUGAAUGUUUAACUGAAGACAUUUUACAAUAUGACAUGUUGUAACUGGAUGAGUAAACUAUUAGCUUUGACCUCUGGUUACAGAGGGAGCAGGUACGGCACUGUGAUCUAAGAAGCCUCGGUAUAAACUCUGUUUUUCCUGUUUGCGUAAAAUCUUUUUAUAUUUUGUGCAGUAAUUGUGUACUGAUUUAAACAUAAACUUUUGUUAAGCCAAUAUAAAUAUUCUCAUUUCAUUAUGUUAAUCUUUGCGUAGAUUAGAGCUGUACAAACUCUGUUUUUGCCUUAUAAAUGAUAUUUUCAUGUGAGUUUGUACAUUUCAAUAAAUUGCUGCAUCUCUCUCAUUUUCCUACCAAAACUUGAAGUGAGAGGUGGCUCAAGACUUUUGCACAGUACUCUAUAUGUUUAUAUGUGUCAGGGAACUCAGUGUGACGAAUUAAGUAAGAUUAGUAAGAGAGAUAGCUUUUAACUCUCAGGGAUGGCACAGUGUUUGAGUUUGGGAACUGAAGGGGAGUUUGGACCCGGAAACGGCUAAUGACGUCAGAUAGUUUGUUUAACCUCCACAGUGGCCAUCAAAUGUGGAGGUUAAACAAAGUUCGUCACAAAGCAGGACGACAAGGCGACAGCUUGGGGGAAUUUCGGCUGAAGAGGCGAGAGAACGAGAGAGAUGUGUCUGCUAAAUACUGAUGCUCAGUUUCCCAAACAUACAGUAGAUUAACUCAGGUGCACUGUGGCAUUUAAACAAUAUUCAGUUGGUAUUAAGGGUGCCAAAUAAAUAUCCCUGACACUAUUACAGCCCCAGCGGCAGCCUGAACUACUCAUACAAGGCAGGAUGUAUCACUUUUGUCAUGUGUUUUAUGCCAAAUUCUCAUCCUAUCAUCCAAUGUUGCAGCAGAAAUUGAGACUCAUCAGAACAGUCGAUGUUUUACAAUUUUCUGUUGUCCCAUGUGAAUUUUAGCUACAGCUGUUUAUUGCCAUCUGCUUCAAGGUUUCACGUGUUGUGCGUUCAGAGAUGCUCUUUUGCAUACCUUGGUUGUCACAGGUGGCUAUUUGACGUAUUGUGGCCUUCCCAUCAGCUCAAACGAGUCUGGCCAUUCUCCUCUGACAUCUGGCAUCAGUAAGACAUUUUUCA